AUGCACAGUCAGUUGGCCUGCUACAGAGCUCUUUCACUCUUUCGGCCACCAAUCUCGCAGCUCAGCUUUCUAAAUAGACGUGUGCACGUAUACAUGUAUAGAGUGAUGUGCAACAUCUCAUCCAAUGUUCAAUGACGUGGGCACGGUCGAAAAUUGCGUUAAAGUUCAUAUCUUGACCGUAAAAAUAACCUAGGUGAUUUUUUUCUUCCGAACAGUUUUUAUUUAAAAAAAAAAGAAAAAAAAGGAACAACAUGGCAUCCGUGGUUCCAUCUUCCAAACCCUUCAUAAUGCAUUGCAUGAUGAUGAUGUCGGUUGUGUUUCUCGUAUCUUGCGUUACGUCAACGGUACCUUCGAUGACGUUCGAGGCAGCUUUCCAAGGUGAAUGCGGCGAAGACAAUCCAUGCGAACAACUCUGCUUCGACUUACAUGAUGGAACUUACGAAUGUUCGUGUAAGGAAGGACACACCCUAGCUGACAACGGAUACAGCUGUCACGAAAAUUACGACGAUGACGAUGAAGAUGACGAGGAUGAUGAGAACGUCGAGCAGCUACCAAAACCAGAAGUACUGAAAGCAAAGAUGUUUAACGACAAAGAUAGAUAUUUCUUUAUUCAAGACAACCUUUAUGAUAUCUACGACAAUACUAAACAGAAGAGGAACAAGAUGCAACUUCAAUCGACAUCUUCGAUGCGUUUGCAGCUUCCGAAUACGGACACUUACGUACAGAGCACUGUACCAAUGUCCGAAUCUUCUUCUGAUAUACUACAGCCCAUGAACACUGUGACAGUUACGACACCACCCAGCCAGAGGAGCACGAAAACGUGCGAUAUCCAAUGCGAAAAUGGUGGUGCUUGCAUUUUGCAUCCCGAAACGGAAGUGGCUAGGUGCAGGUGCCCAUUAGGAAAAGAAGGAGAACGUUGUGAAAAAGAUGCUAAAUUCCAUCAACCCAAAUUCCACACGCAGUCCUACUUGACGUUCCCCAGAUUAUACAAUGCAGAGAAGUCCAUACUAAUCAUCUUGGAGUUCCAUCCGGAGUCUUACAAUGGAAUAUUAUUGUACAGCGGGCAGGAAACUCACUCUAAAGGAGAUUUUAUGGCAAUUGUAUUGAAUAAUGGAUUUGUGGAGUUCAGAUUCGAUUGUGGAAGAGGAGAAGGUGUGGUGCAGAGCAAUCAACCCGUUAUCCUCCAUUCAUGGAAUAAAUUAACUCUGUAUAGAGAUAAAUGGGAUGCUUGGAUGCAGUUAAACAAUGGUAAACAGAUACACGGACAAUCACAGGGGCUGUACUCAAAGAUUUCUUUUGAAGAAAACUUGUAUUUGGGUGGAUAUUCCAACAUCAGUUCCAUAUCUAAGCGUUUAUCCACCAAUAUUGGAUUUCACGGAUGCGUUAGAUACAUGAAAAUUAACGACAAAGUUUACAACUUCGAAUUGAAUAAGGAAGGAGACAUCAUCGACGGUUUAGAUGUGGAGGAGUGCAACAUCGACGGUUGCAGCCAAAUCACGUGUCUGAACGGGGGUAAAUGCGUCGCAACCACCCCCGAAGAGGGCGUCUGCGUAUGCGCUCUCGGUUAUACGGGCGAUAUCUGCGAAACUGCUAUAGAAGUUAUGGUUCCUUUCUUCAAUAAUUCUUUCUUGCAAUAUGAUGGCUUGUACGACACCGCUACUUCAUUCCUAGAGAUGAAAAUAGUGUUUAAACCAUAUAACUUAAAUGGUGUUAUCUUCUACAAUGGCAACAAGUUGGAUGGCACUGGUGAUUUCGUAUCUAUUAACUUAGUCGAUGGUUACGUCGAAUUCAGGUUUAAUUUAGGCACAGGACCGCUUGUUACUAGGAGUAGAGAGCCCAUUACGCUUAUGGAUUGGCACAUCAUCUUCGUUACAAGAACCGGAAGGUUGGGCACUCUACAAGUAGAUCAGCAGCAAACUAUCACAGCAUUAUCACCCGGAGCCUUUACCCAACUGACAUUAUCCCUUAGCAUGUUUCUUGGAGGGAUACCGAAUCUUUUACGUGUGUCUCAGUUGGCUGGCAUCACGACGUCUUUUACGGGUUGCAUUCAAAAGCUCGUAAUAAAUAAACGUCAGAUAAAACUAUUGGAGCACGCGUUAGGUGGAAGAAACGUUGCUAACUGUCAGCACCCUUGCUUAGAAAGACCAUGUUAUAAUGGCGGAAGCUGCCAACCGAGUGGAGACUUUUAUAUGUGCCACUGUCGUCUAGGUUAUUCAGGCAAUAAUUGUCAAAAAGAAGUAUCAGAAAUGAUUGCAGAACCAAUGUUCACAGGCAACAGCUACCUUCACUACACGCAAAAGGACAUAAUUAAGAGAAUACGUGGUUUCAAGACUGAUCUCUCCUUACAAUUCAAAUCAUUAGAUUCGAAUGGAGUGAUAUUAUGGAUCGGCAAAAUGGAGAAGGAAUCGAGUGAUUAUCUCGUAAUAGGGAUAUCAAGAGGUUAUUUGCAGUUAGAAUAUAAUUUAGGAUCGGGAGCAGCUGUCAUUGUUAACAAUUAUACAAGGGUAGAUGAUGGAAAGUGGCAUCAAUUGCGAGUGCACAGGGUUGGAAAAAGUGCUAUAGUUAAACUGGAUCGCACAUCGAGUGUGACUGGCAUGUCUUCCGGUGCACUAACGCAAUUAAAUGUGGAUAAAAAUCUCUAUUUAGGAGGAAUGAAAGAAUUACCCGAGAAGAACUUUCAUUAUCGCAUGGGUUUAAUUGGCUGUCUAGCCAACCUGACGCUUUCGCAAGAUUACCACAUUCAUCUAGUCACCCAUGCAAAAACUGGGAUUAACAUCUUACCCUGCAUGUAAUGAUAACUCAUAUGUAGAUACACAAACAGUAAUUUGUGUGCCUGUUGUAAUAAAUUAACUUGAAAAAAAAAUCACAGAAAAACUGAAUAA